AAACUUACAUUAUCGAUUAGGGAACACUACAUUAUCGAUCUGCGCCAAUUUUAGCUUCGUGUUUUCGCUGAGACACGCUCGAGCGCCUCCAUCGUGCACGAAUCAGCAUGUUUCGUGUGGUAACCUUUGCGCGCGCGGUAGAAAUGUCGGUGGAUUCACUAUUUCUUUUCCACUAUGACGGUUGUCGACGGAGAAUUAGUGUGAAUUGCGUAAGAUAUCGCAAUAUCUAAUGUCGAUGAGCAGUUUCAAGAGCUUUUUCGAGAACGUUCAAGUAAACAUACAUAUCCGUUUCUUGUCUCGUCAUCGUGUAUAAAACAUCUACCAUCCACGUGCGACUGUUUACGCCCACCGGCACAAUCGUCAUUGUUGGAGUCACGUUACGUUGAUCAACGAUUGUUGGAGCAUGGAGAAUCUUUGUCCACUUUGUAUGAAAAACGGCGUGAGAAGCAGAGUUCGCCCGUACCAGAUCAACCUCGAAGAAGGAGUGUGGGCAUGUGAGGCAAAGCAGUGCCCCUGGCCAUUUGGUUACCAGAGACUAGACUUUUUCCAAAGAGAUGCCAUUACCUGCGAUUGGACAAAGGACCCACCAAAUCCACCUAAGGAAUGCGUUUCCCUAUUAACAGAACUCUCACUUUAUACUCCACCCAUGACUCCUGCAGAAGGUGAACCUUGUAAGGAAUCAACCGACACCGUAGGCAUCGAAUGUUUAUCACAACUUCCAGCGGAGGACGUUCUCACUAGGAUGCAUCAUAAAACUGAAUUCACUGACCGAACGAAAGAUUCUAAAGAUUAUUUGCAGUUGUUGAAACUAUUUGACAUGGAAGGUACUUCAACCGAAGAGAACUGGAAGGUUGCCAAACCAGAAGAUGAAAGUAUGGAUUUUUGGUUGGAAACUGAUUUCAAUUUUGAAAAAACUGAUUCCAAAACUCUCUCUGUUAGCAAUGAAUAUUGUGAUAACCAGGUAGCACAAGACUGUGAACGUUUACGUGUAAAUACAACUGUAACGCACACUACCAAAGAUCUUGACACGAUUGACAAUGCGCGCAAAGAGUCGAAUCCGAGUGAACGAAGGAGCGAGCUAAGUAACGAACGUUUGAAACGGGGCAAACAGAGUGAAAGUGAAAAAGUGCGGUUGAACGAUGCAGCGAGUAGCUUGGACAAUGAUAUAGAGAGGCUACUACCAUCAGAUUCGGUAGGUGAUGCAGAUAUUAUAGAGAAUAUGUUGGCACAUAUUUUCCAAAGUGAAAGUAACAGUGAAUUGAAUGAUUUGAGUUUACUGCUCAGCUGACAACUUGAAUCUACUAGUAUAUUAUCUCAUAUAAUUAAUUAUGUGAAAAAUGAAAUAGGCAUAUAAUUGCGUACUGCGUCUCUAGGUUUGUUCUCCAUUUUCUUCUUGUCUGUGAUAAUAAAAAUAUUAGAUCCUAACAUUAGAUUGUAAUAAAACAUCAUUUGUUUCAACAGAUAAUGUAUUUCACUGUUCUGUACUCUUUAUUAGUAGCAGUUUGUAGUGACACAGUACCUAUUCAACCUAUUUUGAUUUAUUUCGAAGAAGAAUAUUCAAGUAUCAGAGAAAGAAUAAGAGACAAACGAUUGGAUUAGUAACUUGUGUGAUUAAUACUAAUGUGACUAUAUAACUUGGAUUUAUUUUUGCACGAGGAACUGCAUCCGCGAUUAGAAUUUGUAAUGGAGAAAAUAUAAUUCGUAUAAUGCGUAAGGCACAAUUCAUUGUCAAUUAAUCAUUGUCAUGCCCAAAACAUUCCUACACAUGUACAAUAUUAACAUUUAAUAAAAACAUCAAUGUC